CACUAACGCCCCCCUUGGGAUAGCGACCUUUUUCUUCUGCGCCUGUUGACCUCAACCCCAUCCCCCAUCGCCUGGAACAGAUCGAGAAAAACAUCGAAAAAAAAAGAGAGAAAUCAGGACGAUGUCGAUAUAAGACUCUGCCUGGCAGAAGCAUGUCCUCCGUCUCCCUCCGCCUCUGCAAUCGCCCUCCCCCCCAUUGUCGACUCUCUCUCCUCACCCCGGGUCCUCGGUCCCGCGUCUCGAAAUUCCCCGGUGUCCGUGUUUCGUGCUUCCUUCUCUCCGGCUGUGCCACGAGCUUGACAGGUUGACGCUGAGCCUGGUGUGUGAAUGUCGAAUCCCAUGUCAUCCACCUCGUAUCAGCCGUCGACGGCCGGCUCCAACGUGCCCGCGACGACAUCCGCCACCCCGAUAUCCGAACUACCGCAAUCCCAAGUCGACGCCAUCAUCCGGACCAAGAGGAAGGCUCGUGAGCCCAAGGCCUGCUACCCCUGCCAUACGCGCAAGGUGAAAUGCGAUCGCAACCUGCCCUGCGACGGCUGCGUCAAGCGCGACCACGCCGACCUCUGCUCGUACGAGCGGCCCUCGAAGAAGCGACAGGUUGCGGCUACGGUAUCCCAGACGUUCCUGGAAGGGGGCACUCCCGCUGCACCAGGCGCAGGCGCGAGCGGAGUGGUUGGGGGACUGAAUGGGACGGCUCCUGUGCAUCCCAGCAUCGAGACGGCCACGGCUGGCGCCGGCGGAGGUAUUGGGGUGCCGGGACGGGUCUCGAUACCGCGCGAAGAGUGGGAGAAUGUGUGUUCCAAGCUGAAGGAGAUGGAGCAGACCAUCUCCAGUCUCCGGACGGGGCUCGAGCAGAUCGAUGAUGGAGGCCGUGUGCCCACCGCCACGAGCAGUGCGCGCAAUGGAGAGACGGGGACCCGGUCCGAGGUGGUCUCCCCGGAUGGCGAAGGUAUUCACGCCGCAAACACGCUGGGUGAGGGUACGGUACAUCUGGGAUCGCGAUCGGUUCUGGCGUACAUUCUCAACCGGUCCGGCUCAUCCCAGGCGCAAGCGCUCCUCGAGGGUGGUAUACUCCCGAAACUCGGUCUCGACAAUGAAUCCGCGACGUAUCCCUUCGUGGACCUGUGGUCGUCGGAUACGUCGUUCUUUGACGUGAAUGCGCUCUGCGGGGCGCUUCCAAGCGAUCAGCAGUGCAAAGAGUUCCUUUACUUCUACAGAGACAUCGGAGGAACGAUCUAUCCAGUACUGGCCGACGUCGUUGAAUUCGAGGAGAAGCUGAAUAUGUUACUGCAUAAUCGGUCAGCAGCCGGGGGAGUAUACAAGUCUAAUGAUAACCAGUCCCAGCGGCCGUUUGGCGUGAGCUUGGCCUAUAUUGGGCUGCUCUUCGCCGUUCUGGCGUCUGGCUGUCAAUCGUCCGACUUGCCCAGUAAAGAGCGGGAGUUGACUUCCCAAGUCUACGUAUGCUGCUCUUACCAAUGCUUGCGCAUGACCAAUUUCUUAUCGCAACCUACGAUCGAGGCCAUCCAAACGCUUCUUAUCAUCGGGAAUGUAUUGUCCUACAAUAUGAAUCCCGGUGUCUCCUAUGUCCUGCUCGGUAUGACGCUCCGCAUGGGCUUAUCGCUCGGUCUCCACGUGGAGUCUAAUCGCUUCUCGCCAAGAGAAAGAUACGUCAGGAGACAUGUCUGGUGGUCGAUGGCUUGGCAAGACAGCCACUUUUCGCUAUCAUACGAUAGACCUUCGACAACGGCCGUGGGCCAGCCGGAUAUCGCUUAUCGACCUAACUCCAAGCCAGGCGAUCGAUCGUACUUUGAGACGCUAUGUCGAAUUAUUUCGCUGACUCUAGAGGUCGUCAAGGGCCGGAUGUUGGCUCCCCACUUUCAUAUGAACUUCAAAACGAUCCAGGCAUACAAGGAACGCAUCCAGCAGAUCUUGACCGACGCCACCCCUCAUCUUCGUGACCGCAAAUAUUGUCUCACCUCGAAAGAUCACCUGGAGUGCCUACAGUUGAAGCUGCACGUCUCCUACAUCACAUCGGAACUCUGCCGGCCAGCAGUGAAGCCCACAGCCGACACCAAAGAUCCUGCUACCGCCACGAUGCGGAGAGACUGUGUUGACAGUCUGAUGAUGACCGUGCAGUCGUAUAUCGAGUUGCAUUCUGUCAACUCCCAUGCCGCACGCUCCUGGAUCAGUCUCCAACGAGCCAUCAGCUGUGCGUUUCUUCUCGCCGUGAUUGAAGAAUCGAAAUCCGAUUCCCACGUAUGGACUCUUCUUCGCCAGCUUGAGGUCAUCAUUGCCGAUCGGGCGAUUGCGGAGGGCGUCUACGAUCCAAACGAAACACCGACAGGUCGUACGAGCGUAACAUCUCCGCCCCAGACCAUGGCAACAACAGCACAGCAGAACAGUCACUUUAAUACAAUCCCCGGAGUGACGAACACUCCGAUAUCAAACCUUGACUCAACAUCAGUAUCAGCAUCAGCAUCAGCCACCACGGCGGUUCCCGCGUCCGUGGCUGCUGACACCCAGACACAGUGGGCCAAGCCGCUCACCAAGUCACUGCGGGCGCUCCAGAAGCUCAACGCGGCGUUUAACAACCUGGGAUCUCCGACUGGCGGUGCUGGAAACGGCUUCCUUGGACCGCCAAACGCUAACCCGGCUGCUGCAGGCAUAGCCGGCUACCAGCAAACUGGAUCGGCGUCGACAAUGACGCCCAGUGUGGGAUCUCUGCCGCCGCCGACCCCGGAAAGCUCGACGAGCGGAGAAUGGACGAUUCCGAACAUCCUCGAUAGGGCGUCGGAAUAUAUCCAUCCUCCACUUUGGGGUUGAGCAGCUGGUUGUUACAGCUGCAAGAACACGCCUGCGAUCAAUGUCUGUAUGAAAUGCUUCGGGUGUCAUGGUAGUUUAGAGGCGCAGUGUUCGGUUGUUCAAAAAAGAUUUAGCGGGGCUGGACUCUGGAGUUUCAGGCUCAAUGGGCAGUUUAUUUCUUUUGCUUUCUGAGGUUAUGUCAUUGUAUACUAAGUCUCCCAGUGAGACAUUCUUUUAGAGGUUAUUCGUAUAAGCAUGGAUGGCCUGUUUUUCGAUCGAACCUUGUUCGCAUGUCCUUUAGCUGAGGCGUUGCUGCGCUUGCUGAUCCAUACUGUCGUUUUAUCAUCAUCGUCGUCAUCACCAUCAUUGUCAUCAUCAUUGUUAUCAUAGUUUAAUUCGAGCCAGCUUCGGCGGUAGCCUCUGAGAGGAAGAAUAAAAAAUAAAAAAUAAACCACUACCAGCCAUUACCCCAGCAAUAAUAUUUUCCCUUUGUGUUCUCG